AUGUCUAACGACCCGGUCAACAAGCAAAGAGAGGCCGCAGCACCCUUUUGGGAUGGCGAACCAGACAGCAGGCCAGAACACUCGCCUUACGCCAGUCAAGUCUGUGCCGUAUACUUCCAAGGAAAUGGACCCCUCCAUAUCCCUCACGUACUCCUGCAUCAGAGUGUCGAGCUUACUUCCCGAAGCGUCGCGACAGACUGUUUCUCUUCGUCGUUACGCGGCCUUCACUUGGACGAUAUCGACUACAAUACCGGCCAUGUCCUUAUUCACUUUAUGACCACCGGCAGGUAUCAAUGCCUGAAGCCACAGGGAGAGACUAUUAUGAUGAGGUAUGCAUCCGAGUUUACAACUGCACUCCGCGUGUACGCCGCAGCCCAAUCCUUUCAAUUGCCCUCUCUUUGUGAUCUGGCAAGAAGAGAGAUGAUCGCACUCGGCGACAGGUUGAGCUUGCCUUCCUUGGUUGAUAUCAUGGAAGAGUCAAGUCUGUCAUUGAGCACUCUCCCGGGAAUAGCCGCGUAUGUUGAGUCGCGCAUCCUUGCUUUUGCCGAGAACAUUACCUAUCCAACUUCAGAAAAGGUACUCUCUGAGAUUGGAACUCCCAACACGCUCAGCAUGGUACUUUUGAAGGCUAUUCUGCUGCUUCAAACUUCAAAAGUAUCUCUACGUGAUGAUUCACUUCGGAAGGGGGAACCCGUAGAGAUUCUCCGAGGUCUCAGCGAUACCGGAUCCAUAGUAAAAGGCAAGGCUUCGGAUGUGGAUCAAGUUAUAAAGGAAGCCGAGGAGCAAGCAGCUAGGAGGGCCGAAGAAAAGGUUGCUCAAGAAGCAGAAAAGGCUACAGCUGCCGCUAUGGCCGUGGCGCAAAGAAUUGCUGCGGCUCAGGCGACUGAAGCAGUUCAUGAAGAGGGGGAAAUUGCUUGCUUAUUAGCAAAAAAGGCACACAGCGGAGGCAGGCUUUUCAAAGAAAAAGACGAAAAGAGGCUUUCUGCACUCGAGCAUAAUGCCACAAAGAGAGCUGAAGCUCGAGCUACUCAUGAACUUGCUGAAGCAAAAACUGCCCACGCACUAAGUGCCCCCGCUGCAGACAAGGUCGACCUUUCGCUGUUGUGGGCCGCCAGGAAUGGAAGCGAGGCCAUGGUCAAGAUGCUCCUCGAUACGGGCAAGGUCGACCAUGAUGCGAAAGAUUACAUUGGCUGGACGCCGCUGUUGUUGGCCGCCAGGAAUGGAAGCGAGGCCGUGGUCAAGAUGCUCCUCGAUACGGGCAAGGUCGACCUUGAUGCGAAAGACAAGAGCGGCCGGACGCCACUGUCGUUGGCCGCCAGGAAUGGACAUGAGGCCGUGGUCAAGAUGCUCCUCGAUACGGGCAAGGUCGACCUUGAUGCGAAAGACACAGAGUAUGGCCAGACGCCGCUGUCGUGGGCCGCCGAGAAUGGACACAAGGCCGUAGUCAAGAUACUCCUCGAUACGGGCAAGGUCGACCAUGAUGCGAAAGAUUACAUUGGCUGGACGCCGCUGUCGUUGGCCGCCAGGAAUGGAAGCGAGGCCGUGGUCAAGAUGCUCCUCGAUACGGGCAAGGUCGACCAUGAUGCGAAAGACAAGAGCGGCCGGACGCCACUGUCGUGGGCCGCCGAGAAUGGACACGAGGCCGUGGUCAAUAUGCUCGUCGAUACGGGCAAGGUCGACCAUGAUGCGAAAGACAAGAGCGGCCGGACGCCACUGUCGUGGGCCGCCGAGAAUGGACACGAGGCCGUGGUCAAUAUGCUCCUCGAUACGGGCAAGGUCGACCAUGAUGCGAAAGAUUACAUUGGCUGGACGCCACUGUCGUUGGCCGCCAGGAAUGGACACGAGGCCGUGGUCAAGAUGCUCCUCGACACGGGCAAGGUCGACGUUGAUGCGAAAGAUGUAGAGUAUGAUCGGACGCCGCUGUCGUGGGCCGCCGAGAAUGGACAUGAGGCCGUAGUCAAGAUGCUCGUCGAUACGGGCAAGGUCGACCAUGAUGCGAAAGACAAGAGCGGCCGGACGCCACUGUCGUUGGCCGCCAGGAAUGGACACGAGGUCGUGGUCAAGAUGCUCCUCGACACGGGCAAGGUCGACCUUGAUGCAUAA